UAUGUCCACCGUGGUAAUAUCCAUAUUUCAUAUCUCUUUUAAAUACAAAUAAACCGAUUAAACCGCCAUUUCCUGAUUCCUUUGUAUUUCUGUAUAGUGUCACUAAUCAUUACAUAAAAUGACUAAUGAGUACAACUAUAUACUUCACUUAGUUCACAGACCAGACCACACUACCACAUGGCACAUUAGUGAAUUAGUCUCAGUCUUUAAUGUCUGUACUCUUUUACUAGAUAUUUGAGAAGUACUGUGUUUUUUGUUUUUAGACGUUAGUGAUGCUCGUAAUAUAUUUUUAGUUAGUACUUAAGAGUUAUGACAAUCUUUUUAAUAGUAUUCUAAUGUGGUUCAAAAACAUUCUGUUUUAAUAAACCAUACAAUAACUUAUUGAACUCGGAUUUAUGUUUUAAUUAGCACAUUUAUUAUGAAUUCAAAAUCUAAAUUAAGUCAAAAGUUCAGUCAAAUGAAUUCACAAUAUAAUGAUGAAGAUUGGUAUAAUGGAAGCAUUAAAUCUAUCACCCUAGAAAAUUUUAUGUGCCACUCAAAUUUUCAUUUGACAUUGAAUCCUCGAAUUAAUUUUAUAUCAGGGUUAAACGGUAGUGGAAAGAGUGCUAUACAAACUGCUCUUGUUGUAGGGUUUGGUGCUAGAGCAAGCACCACUAACCGUGCUAGUUCAUUAAAAUCACUUAUAAAGUAUGGACAAUCAUCGGCCACCAUUACAAUAACUAUAGCAAAUAGUGGAGAAGGAAAUGAUUGUGGUCCUUACAAGCCUGAAGUUUAUGGCAAGCAAAUUACUAUUGUUAGACAAAUUACAGAAUCCACUACUACCAUUAAAUUUUUAAAUGAAAAUAAUAGAGUUGUUAAAGGCUAUAAAAAUGAAUUAAAAAAUUUGACACUUCAUUUUAAUAUAUUAGUUGACAAUCCAAUAUGUGUCAUGAAUCAAGCCAUGGUUAAAACAUUUCAUAAAAGUGCAAAUCCUAGUGCAAAAUAUGAUCUUUUCUAUAAGGCCAUAUCUGCCAAUGUAUAUAAUGAAAUUAUUGAAGAAACAAAAUUAAUUGCAACAGAAUAUUCAGAAAAACUUAAAAAUGUUAAAAGUGUUUUGUCACAGUGUUUCAAAGAAGUAAGUGAAUAUGAGACUUAUGAAAAAAAAUCUAAACAGUUAGAAACAUUGAAAAAUAAUAAAUUUGAUUUAGAAAACGAGUAUGCUUGGUACAUUGUUCAUCAACAUGAAUCAGCUUAUGAAGAAUAUUUACACCAAAUUGAAUCUCUUAAAUGUAAUUUGUCUGAAAAUACAAAUAAAACAAAGAUUUUGGAACAAAAUAUUAAAACAAGUUCAGAAAAAAUGAUGCUAAAAAAAAAUGAAUUGACUAAUAUUGAAGAUUCUCGCGCACAUAAUCAUAUGGUUUACAUGAAGACGAAAAAAGAAUUGCAGGAAAAAAUCAGCGAGUAUGAUUCAAUGAAGCAAUCUAUUAGAAAAUAUGAUUCUGCUUUAAAAUUAUUAAUCAGUGAUAGGAAAGAUUUAGAAAGACAUAUGGAAGACGAACGUCAAAAAGGCAAUACUAAUACUUUAGCACAGUAUAAAGAAAUGUUAGCACAAUAUGAGCAAAAGUUUUCUGAAGUUGAGGCAGCAUGGAAAACAAAUAUGGGGCAUGAACAAACUCUACGUAAUACAGUUGAUGAAUUGAAACAGAGAAUUGGAAAUUUAAAGAACAAUGAGGUUACUCCUUUGCAAAGAAAAAUAGGUGAAAUUAAUAGAAAUAUCAACAGUAUGUCUCAACAAGAAGACAGAAUCAAUUUUUAUGGGAACUGGAUGCCACAAUUAGUUAAAAAUAUUGAAAUUGCCUUUAAACAAAAUAAAUUUAUAAAAAAACCAAUUGGUCCUAUUGGAGCAUAUAUUAAAGUAAAUGAUGACAAAUGGAUAUUUUCAAUUGAAAACUUCUUAGGUCGAGGAACUUUAAGAACAUUUUUAGUGGAUAAUUUUACAGACAAUAAAGUUCUUCAAUCAAUAAUGGAUAGAACAAUUACAGGAAAUGCAAGGAAACCAACUGUUAUCACUAGUAAAUUUUUUGAUAAAGUCCAUAACAUUACUGCUAAAGAAACUUCAAAUAAUUUAUUUCGUAUGUUGAAUUUCAGUAGUCCUGUAGUAGCUAACUGUCUGAUUGAUAACAACCGUAUUGAAACAAUAAUGCUUGUAGAUGACACAGUUGAAGCUAUGCCUUUAAUGGAAAAUAUAUCCAGAGUUCCUAGAAAUUGUAACUUUAGCUUAACUUUAGAUGGAACUCAAGUUUAUCCUAGCCCCUCAUAUAGAGUAUACUCUUUACAAAGUGCUAGUGAACCAAUUCUCUUGCAGAGUGAUGUUUCUGUUGCUAUUAAUAAUUUGAAACAUGAAAAAAAAGAAUUGGAAGUAAAAAUUAAUAAUCUAAAUAGAGAAUUUGAAAAUAUUGAACAAUCAAAAACAGAAAAACAACAACAUUUUGAUAAGACUCAAUCAGAAACAAGAUUACUUAAGGCUAAAUGUGAUGAAUACUUAAAAAAAAUUAAGGAACUUCAAGCUAAAUGUGAAGAAGAACAAGAUGACAGAAUAGCUACUCUUACUGACGAAAUAAAUGAAGUUGAUUUAAAAAUAGCUAAAGCAAAAGAAAUAAAAGAAAAUUCCAUGAGACCACUUCCACAGUAUGAGGAAGAAAUUGCUGUAGUAAAUAAGCGACUACAGGAAGCAAAAUCUAUUAUUGAUAACACUGAUCGUUCUGCAUUAUUAGAAGAAAUCGAGACCUUUCAAACUCAAAUUAAUAAAUAUAAAACAGAAAUAUUGCAAAUUAAUAAUAUUUUAACUGAAAAAAAUCAAUUAUUAAGUAACUUAGUUCAAAAAGCAGAAAAUGAAAAAAAAAUUUUCGAAAGAGAAAAAAAACAAGCUGAAAAACUAUGUGGUCCAAUUGAAGUAUCACGUAAUGAAGAAAUUAUAAGGAGAGACAUAGAAGAAACCCAUCAUAAAUACGAUUUAUUAGAAAUGGAGUUGAAGAAAAGAGGUGAGAACCAUCUAGUUGUAAGAGAUGAGUAUAAGAAGAAAAAAGAAGAAUAUAUUGUUCAUAGUGCCUUAUAUAAACAAAUUAUAGAUAUUUAUAAAGCUAACAAAAAAUCUGUUGAGCUUAGCACAAUAGCACUUAAAAACUACAUUGAGUAUGUUCGAUUGAAAGUAAUUGAAUCUUUUGACUUGGUGCUUAUAUUACGUAAAAUUAAAGGCAACCUCGAAAUUGAUCUACAUGAACAAAGUAUGGUAAUUUCAAUGUUUGAUAACAUAAGUACUUCUUGUGCAUCUGGUGGUGAACGGACAUUUGCUACAGUUGCUUUGAUUUUGGCAUUAUGGAGCAAUAUGCAAUUGCCAUUUUAUUCCAUCGAUGAAUAUGAUGUAUACAUGGACAAUGUUAAUCGUUUAGCCACUACACAGCUGUUGAUGAUGGCUAUUGCAAAUCGUAAAAAUCAAUUUAUAUUCCUCACUCCACAAGACAUAUCCCAUAUAAAAAGUGCUGAUAAUAUUAAGAUUGUAAAAUUAAAAGAACCUAGAUCAUAAAAGUUGUUAAUUAUUAGUUUUUACUGUUAGAAGUAACAAUAACUUAUUGUAAUUUCAAAUGUUAUAAAUAACUAUUUUAAAAUUAUUUGUAUUUAACAAUACUUUUUUACCAGUGUUAGUUUAUAUGAACUUGUUAUAGUACUGAACAGUACAUUGUCUAAUCUAGAAUAGGUAUGAUAAAAAAUUUACGUUUACCAUAAUGUAGUUAAAUUAUACUUAAAGCAAACAAGAAUAAUUUUUUAUUUUAAAAAGAAAAAAAAAUACUUUACUCAAAUGAAAGAAAUACUAUUGUAAUUUUAGUGUACUAAUAUAUAUUACCUACUACUGUACUUGAACAAAAUUAUACUUUA